AGCUGAGGCGCUGAGCCUGAGCGCGCGCGCGCGCCCGAGCCGAGCGAUGAUGCGUUGCAUGGCUCCGCCACACACUACCCGUGCCCGUACCCACCCACCGCUGCAUAAGUAUCUCCGCCGGUUCCUCCUCGUGCCUGCUUUGCACCAUACACCUACACGCCGCCGCUGAUACUACGCUCUAUAGCUCUUCGGUGCAGACCUCGAUCGAUUGGCCGGCCAUCGCUACCACCUCCGAGCACGCGCGGCCCCCGCGCCGGUGUCGUCCCGCUUUCCGUCACGACCAUCGUGUCGUGCUGCAAGGCCUGCAGUGCGCGACCGUGAGGAUAUAUCAGCCACGCGAUCGCGGGGGAGAUGAACCAGUGCGUGCCGAGUUGGGAUCUGGAUGACCCGGCGGUGGUAGCCGGCGGGGGCGGCGGCGGUCUUAACCAUCCGGUGCCCGCGGCCGGCGGCGCGCACCGGGUGGUGGUGUCGGCUGCUGGGACCACCGGUGGCGCGUUCGCGCCCGUCGUCGUGCCCAUGUCGGACAAGUACUACGAGGUGGCGGAGCUGACGUGGGAGAAGGGCAACAUCUCCUCGCACGGGCUGCUCAACCGGCCGGCGCCCAGCAAGUACCCUCCCGCCGCGCCGUCGCAUCUGCAAGGCAUAGGUGGAGGCGCCGGCGCCGGCGGGGUGGCUGGGGACCGCGAGACGCUCGAGGCGGUGGUCGGCGAGGCGGCCGCGCGGUCGCACUUCCUCUCGCAGCCGCCGGCGGUGCACCACCACGCGCCCUGGCUCGGGGCGGCGGGCGGCGCCGUGGCGCGGACGGGCGCGGACGCGCUAGUGCCGUGCGCCGCGAGGGUGGUGGACGAGGCGGCGGAGGGGGGCGACGCCGCCGACGCGUCGAGGAGAAAGCGGGCGCGGGUGGUUGGAGAGGACGGGCUGGUGUGCGCCAGCCAGGGGAGCGCCGCGCCCGGCCGCCGCGGCGAGAGCGCGCUGCUCACGCUGGACGGCGGCUGCGGCACCGGGGCCGACGACCUGUGCGGGUUCACGACAACUACCAACAACUCCACGUCCCUGGACAGGGACGACAAGGGCUCCCCGGACACGGAGAACACCAGCAUCGGCGGGGGCGCCAGCGACUCUCGCUGCUUCAGCCGUCGGUCACAGAGAGACGGCUUGUGCGACGAGGGGGAAAACGUGGUGAUCAACGGCGACGGGGCGGUGAGGUCGUCGAUUUCCACCAAGAGGAGCCGAGCUGCUGCUAUCCACAACGAAUCUGAGCGUAAACGAAGGGACAGGAUCAACCAGAAGAUGAAAACGUUGCAAAAGCUCGUCCCGAACUCGAGCAAGACGGACAAGGCGUCGAUGCUGGACGAGGUGAUCGACUACCUGAAGCAGCUGCAGGCGCAGGUGCAGGUGAUGAGCCGGAUGAGCAGCAUGAUGAUGCCCAUGGCGAUGCCGCAGCUGCAGAUGUCCGUGAUGGCGCAGAUGGCCCAGAUGGCCCAGAUGGCGCAGAUGGCCCAGGGCAUGAUGAACAUGGGCUCCCUCGCGCAGCCGGGCUACGCGGGCCUCACGCCGCCCAUGAUGCCCCCCUUCGUCCCCAUGUCCUGGGACCCCACCGCAGCCGCCGCCGCCACCUCCGCAGCAGGCGCCGGCGCCGGCGUCAUGGGCACGGACCGCGCCCCGCAGCCCGGCGCCGCCGCCGGAGCCGUGCCGGACGCCUUCACCGCCUUCCUUGCGUGCCAAGCGCAGCAGAACGGCCAGCAGCAACCGGGCAGCAUGGAGGCGUACAACAAGAUGGUGGCGCUGUACCAGAAGAUGAGCCAGCAGCAGCAGCAGCAGGGCCAGCCCAGCAAUUCAUCCAAACAGUGAGCAUGGCGCACGUAGAGUACGUAGCUGCUCUUGUACAUCCUUUUGUUUGCUUGGAAUCAUUCUCUAGCUCCCAUCAUCCCAUUGUCCAGAUUUUUCCUCUCAUCUGCUGAUGAGCCGUGCAAUAGAGGUGAAAUCCGUCGACGCGGUUACCCGUAACAUCAUGUAUUUAUCUUGGUUUUGACCAGCCAGUCUAGCCUUGUAUAAAUGACCAAAUCGUUGUGUAAAAGCUGAGGUGGGUUCGCAUCGGGCACUUAAUGAUCUUGA